AUGGAGAAACUUCUGAUUUCAUCGGAGCUAUCACUGCUGAAUUUGUCACUGACAAAGAAAGCAUCCGAAAAGACUUUUACUCUGAUCGUUGGACUAAGCAAAGAGAAUGGUUCUUUGCAAAUUACCAAGAAGAAAAUCCCUUACCCUUAUCAAGUCGACGUUAUUAGUUGGCAGCUUAAGGAUGGCAAAGAAACUCUCUCAAACUUACCUCCUAAAACUCCUUUCUUCCUUAAAGGAGCACAAUCUGCACUUGUCUUGGCUUCUCCCUUCAAAACCAGAGAAGGAGAAGGUGAUGUCACUAGCAAAGACAUCAAAGACCUCAUGGAACAAGCCAAUUAUACUAACAAGUAUCUUCAGACCCUUGGAGAAUCUCAAACGAAUGAUUCUUCUGGAAAAGGGAAAGGAAAGGUCAAGAUUGAGCCUUCCUCUUCCUCUGCUCCUCCUGAUACUAAAGGAUGUCAACUGGAAAAGCCUCUAUUCAAGCCUUUCCAAAUCAGUAGCCGUUCUAGGCACUCGGCUCAAUCUCUUCGUGCCAAAAAUGAAUCUGAUAAUGAACUCCUUCAAAAGGUUGUUGAGCAACUUAAGCUUCUCAAUCAAGUGGUUCCUGAAUCUCCUGCUACUACCCCAGUAGCAGCCUCUGCUCCUGUUCCUCCAACAGCAGCUUCUGAACCUGUAAUCCGUCGAAGUUCAGCUCGCAAUACCUCUGCUUCUUUGAACAACAUCGAAGAAGGAGAGUCUGAUGUUCAAUCUGUUAAGAGCAUUCCUGCUGUUAACCCUGUCAUCCACAAUUCUAAAAAUCAGUGGAGAAAGGAAACCAAACUCUAUUACCCUAGAGCCACUGCCCCUGAUCUCCUAUUAGAAGAAAAGGAUUCUUCAAAUUUCAAAAGCUUUAGUGCCAACAAUGGUUGCCCUAAGAAACCUAAACCCAGAAAGCAAGAUCCUCCUCCUAGACAACAGUGGAGAAGGAAAUCUAGUAGAAAUCAUGAUAGGAAGCCCAAACCUAGAUCUAAACCCCAUUCCACACAAGCUGCAAAGACCCCUCCUGAGAAUAGACCCUCUCAAGGAAAAGAUGUCACCUGCUACAACUGUGGCAAGCCAGGCCAUAUUAGCAGAUAUUCUAGGCACUCGGCUCAAUCUCUUCGUGCCAAAAAUGAAUCUGAUAAUGAACUCCUUCAAAAGGUUGUUGAGCAACUUAAGCUUCUCAAUCAAGUGGUUCCUGAAUCUCCUGCUACUACCCCAGUAGCAGCCUCUGCUCCUGUUCCUCCAACAGCAGCUUCUGAACCUGUAAUCCGUCGAAGUUCAGCUCGCAAUACCUCUGCUUCUUUGAACAACAUCGAAGAAGGAGAGUCUGAUGUUCAAUCUGUUAAGAGCAUUCCUGCUGUUAACCCUGUCAUCCACAAUUCUAAAAAUCAGUGGAGAAAGGAAACCAAACUCUAUUACCCUAGAGUCACUGCCCCUGAUCUCCUAUUAGAAGAAAAGGAUUCUUCAAAUUUCAAAAGCUUUAGAGCUCAAUCUACACCUGUCCUGGCUUCUCCCUUCAAAACUAGGGAAGGAGAAGGUGAUGUCACCAGCAAGGACAUCAAAGACCUCAUGGAACAAGCCAAUUAUACCAACAAAUAUCUUCAGACUCUUGGAGAAUCUCAGACGCAUGAUUCUUCUUCUUCUGGGAAAGGAAAAGGAAAAGUCUAG